GCGGCGGGCGGGAGGCGGCGGCGGCGCUGCCGGGGGAGCCGCGUCCCGGGCCCGGCGGCGGCGGCGGCUGAGGGGGGACGCGGGGAGGGGCGGCGAUGGAGGAGCCUCUCUGCUGCUGCGAGUACGUGGACCGGAGGGGCCAGAGGAACCACCUGGCGGCGUGCUGCUGCGACUGCGAGGACCUGGACGAGGGCUGCGAGAGGUGGCUGACGUGCAAAUCCCUGCCCCCGGGGGCUCUGGAAAGAAUCGCCGACACCGUGGCGGACCGGGUGCGGGUCCCCUGGUUCGCAGGGGCCGUGAAGAUCAACAUCAGCCUCGUGCCGCCUCUUAUUCUGCUGCCCGUCUUCCUCCACAUUGCCGCUCUGCACUUCCUGCUGGGGCUGGUCAUCUUGACAUCCCUGCCCGUGGUGGUGCUGUGGUAUUACUACCUCACCCACAGAAGGAAGGAACGGACCCUCUUCUUCUUGAGCCUGGGGCUCUUCUCCUUGGGCUACAUGUACUAUGUGUUUCUCCAGGAGGUGGUUCCCCGAGGCCAUGUCAGGUAUUCCCAAGUGGUUACUCUCACGUGCGGGUUAGUUCUUAUGCUUGUGGCCCUGUCUCGAGCCAAGAAAGACCCUGGCUACCUUCCUAUCCCAGCAAGCAACAAGAAGUUAUCACAGCAGGGUUUGCCCAACAACAGUGUUAGAGGGAGCUCCAACGGGCUCCAUGGCGUCACCACAUUGGGAGCUGCCAGCGGCCGUGCUGCGAAUGGCGAGGCUAAAGGCUAUUUCAGGAUGUCAGCUGAGGAGCCAGAAGGUGUGAAAAAGGACUGGUGUGCUAAAUGCCAGCUGGUCAGACCAGCCCGAGCAGGGCAUUGCCGGCUUUGUGGCAGGUGUGUAAGGAGGCUGGACCACCACUGUGUCUGGAUUAACAGCUGUGUAGGAGAGCAGAACCACCAAGCAUUCAUCCUUGCACUCUCCUCCUUCAUGCUCACCUCUGUGUAUGGGAUUACGUUGACCCUGCACACCGUCUGUAGGGGCCGAACUCCAUUUGUGGCAUUGUUCUACUGCCCUGGGGCCUAUUCUGACUACAGCUCUGCUCUGUCGUUCACCUGUGUGUGGUACUGUGCCAUUGUAACAGCUGGCAUGGGAUACAUCCUCCUUAUCCAGCUGUUGAACAUCAGCUACAACGUGACCGAGAGGGAAGCUCGGCUGGCUCUGCGGGACAACACUGGGCGCAGGCUCCUGGGUGGGUUAGUAAUAGACACCGGCCAGUAUAACAGGGGUUUCCUAUGCAACUGGGGCCAUUUCUUGAGCCUGGGGUCUUCUCCUCCACAGCGUUCUGCUGAAGACAUCGUGUGAUGCCCCUCUUUCUGGAGAUGAUGUUGACUGACUUUCUUUAGCAGGGGAAUGACCCCUUCCGCUAGGACUCCCUCCUUCCACACCCUUCCGUUAUGGUCGGUGUACGGGCUGCCUAUCCUGUCACUGACAACAUCAGAGGCUUUCCCAGGCAGAAUGGUUCUUUGUGUGCUGUCAGCCAGCAAUAGGAUGCAGAAAGCAGUAAGCCAUAUGCAAAAAGCUGGAGAGAAGGAGCCUGCUGCCUUUUUCCACUGUGGGAAACUUUGUGCAGCUCAGCUCAGCAGGAAGAAGAGCACAAGAUUUUGGGAACUUGAGCUUCUGUUAGGUGUGAACCCUGGCAUCAAGAGGAAACCACUGCUGGACUUCAGAGUGUGCACUGGUUCAUUCAAAGGUUAAGGAAUCCCUGGCUCAUACCUACGUGCGACAUUUCAGAGAUGUCAGGAGGGUGAACUUUUAGUACGGAUAACAGAUGGACCGCUGCAGAAGCCAGGCUCUUUGGCUGAAGGAGACUGUCUAGGCCGUCACUGAGCAGCUUGCUCCUCUCUGGUGCAUUUAUCCCCCCACCCCCCCGAUCUUCUAUUCCAUCCAGCUGUAUACAUGCUUGUAUUAAGUGCCUCUGUGAACAACAUUCCUGUAGGGCUUUUUAAGAUCCCUUCACCUCUUGGCCCCUAAAGUUGUUAUUCCAUCCCCGUCUGUCUGGGUGAGAAGACACUGUCAUCUUCAAUGUUGUUCUUUCUGCAAGCUGGGUCUAUGUUGGUUUGAAGGCUUGGCUUAUCUCCCUCAACAUGUUUCUGCUCUCAUGACAGAUUGUGACACUGAGGCAGCAGGUAAACAUACCAAGUAAGGAGGAGAUGUUUUGAAGCAAUGUGUAACAGCGAACUCUGAGGGGGAAACAAGAAUGGUCUCCAGUGCUACUGUAGUUUUAUGGAGCUACCUCUCUCCCUCCCUCUAUGGGAGAAGGGAGUCUGUGGGAGAGUAGAUAAUUCUGCUAACAGCAUUUUUGGUAGGUAGCAUCUUCAUUGGUUGUGUUGCUAAUAACUCGGUGAUCUGGUUUCCUCUCAACCCAAUCACUGUGGAGCUGCCUGACUGUAGAUCUGUUUUCUCAAGCCAGGAAGCCAAGGAACAGUUUGGUCUCUGUGUACAUAGGGAGAGGAUGUGUUGGAACUGACUGUUUUUUGGGGUAGAUGACCUGCACUGGCAGGUGAAUGAAUGCGUUAGAGGUGCUCUGCAAGAAGGCAGCUUGUUCCUCAUCAGCCUGCAACUGUAUCAUUGCCUCCCCUUGAGCUUCAGCUGAAAUCACAAGGUUUUGGUGGUGAUGGUUUCUGCGGUUUGCGGGUGGGGGUUUUUUGUUGCUUUUUGUUUUAAACCCUAUGUGCAUGUGGUGCAAGAGUUAUGGGUUCGGCCUAAGAUGCAGAAGCAGAGGGAAGAGCCUUGUCCUAGCUAUUGAUGCGUGUGCAGCAUGCAUAGGUCAUGCCUACCCCUGACUCCACCUGUGUGGCAGGCAGCUAGGGGAUGUUGCCUGAGUGAUGCAGAUUCACUGUGUGCUGCUGUGCAUUAUCUCUGAAGAAUGGACGGAUGGCGUGUGGUGCCAGAAGGUAGCAGGGUUGGGGUUGUCCUUUGAGAUCCCUGCCGUAUUUGGUGUGUGUGCUCCUGAUUACAUGUCCCAGUUUAAGGUGAAGACCAUGGACUGUUUGGUUUCCUCAAGUGGCACUUUCUAAAACCAGCAGAUAACUGAGGAGCAGUUGCACUUGCAACGUGGGUGUGCAAAAAGUUACUGACUUACUGAGUGUCCCUUAUUUCCUCUUACCCCUUUUCAUCCAGUGAGCAAUCCUUUAUAAGGAGGUAAAGGGGACACCUCUCCUGCUUUCUGUCUGUAACUGAAGAUACUGAGAGGUUUCUGACCACUUUCCUGGCCCUAAUAGGAAGUAAAAGGCACCCAGCUGGACUGUGCUAACUGUUCCUCUAUGACCUUCUGACUGUUUGGAGCUCGAAGCCUGACCCUAGGAGUUUAAAUUCACACAAAGACCUCACCUCCACAUGAGUUGCCUGUAAACGUUUCCAUUGCACACGUGCAUUUUGUGGUGCCUGCUGAGAUGAACUGGAGCUUGGCAACCCUGGAGACAAGGGUGCUGUGGGCUAGCAGGUUUGUGAUCUCCUCAGGUCUCGUCCUGCUGGCGCUUGGGGAGAUUAAGGCAGAAUGACCUCCUGGGCUUAGACAAACCCCUGCAGCAGAGGUAGCCAACCUCUCUGUCCCCGAGUUACAUGUGCAGAAAUCAAUCAUGCACUCAUGAGCUGAACGAGCUCUGGCAUCGUUUACAGGUUUGAGAUAAGCGGUUUAUCGGAGUCCUGAUACACCUGGUUGGGAGAAACCAGAGCAGAUCACAGAUCAUUUCCCUGGUAGCACCUGACCCUGUUGUGCUCACUUUCUCCCACAGGCAGAGACUGGUAGCUACUUUGCAGCCUGUCUGUCAGUGUAGCCUUGUCCCAUGUCUCGUAGUGAGCUCUGGUGUGGGAGAUUUCAUCUGAACCAUUUACACGGAGACCCAGAUCCUCUCAGUGGUGUUCUCCCAGGCAGCGUGGACUUUGGAGUACAGAUUAGGAACAAAGGGCUGUGGACUAAUGUAAUCAUUCUGUAACUUGGUCGAGCCCACUCCAAUAUAGUAAAGUGCUAAAGUAAAUUUUAUUUUUGCCCACAGUCCAGAGGGAACUGGAGCCACUGAGGACACUAAAAGGGUUGCAAGGCUGUGGGUUUUUUUUAGAAGAACGCAGUGCUGAUUCCCCAGUGAACAGGAAGUUCAGUGGCUGUAAUCUGCGUAGCAGUGGUGACUUUUUCUUUAAGGGCAUGGCUUUUCUUUACCAUCCUGACCUCUUCCUGAGAGGAUUUACCUUCUGAAUGCCUUGGGAGAUGGGAAGCAUAAAGUAACAGGAUAUCUAAAAGGUAUCUAAAUGAGUGGAAGAGUUGCAAGCUUCAGAUGCAUACUUUGGAGCUCUCCUUUUAAUAGCCCUGACAAUCAACAAGAAGCCCUUGAGGAGUAAUGUUCCCUUUUGCACUUUGCAAGGGCAGACUGUUGUGAUCUCUUGUGCACUAAAGGACAGUUUCUUUUCUGAGAAUUUUCUUGCUGUUUUCUUGCUGAGCUUAUCGGCCGUGCUGGUAGAAGAUGUUAAAACCUAGACAUAGUCAGUCCUUAGGCUCACUCUGUUUAGUAGCUGCCUAGAUCUAUGCUCCCUGGGUGUUGGGGCAGUGGGAGCAGGCUGCAUUUGACAGGUGACUUGUGGGUUGUUGUGUGCAUGGCUUUGAGGCAAGGACCAGUGUCUCACCUGUAAAACCGCAUGCACGUACUUGGCACUGCAGAAAACAGUACCCUGCUGGCCCUUGAAAAGUUUUCCCUGUGUAAGAAGAGAUAACCCAGAGCUGGUCAGAAGCAGGGAAGGAUUUUGGUAAUAGCUAGCCUUGAUGUUUCUCUGCCCAGACUUGAAAAUUAGUUUAUGCUGCUUUAACCGUGACCUUUUAGGAGGCAUUUGUUGUUUCACAAAUAGUGUGGACUUCUGCAGACCAAGGCGACUCUUAAGGGGCCAGGGUUCUGCUGUUGUAGUGUUAAACCCUCCAUGACCAAAUGCCAGCACCCUACUGUUUGGCGACUGUGCUGUUAGAUACACCCUGUAAAUGGUGGCUUGGCACUCUUUAACUCUUCUUACAUCGUGCUUUUUUGUAGGCAAGUCACAGGUCCCCACAUCAACUGUUUCUCCAUUUAACUUGUCCUCAAAUGACAAAAGUCACUGGUGAGCCUGAGUUGGAGCUGCUUGUGACUCCUAAUCGUGUUUCAGCCUUCAUGCUAUGAUGGUGCUUUCUUUUCUUCAAAGUAGGUUGCUUUCAAGUGUCUUAAUGAAACCAUUUGCUGUAAAAUUUCUUCUGAAGAUAAAAUGGAUACUGCCUCACUGCCUAAUGUCUUAGUAAUGCUUGGUUUUUUCCUCCUAUAUGAAUGUAUAUUGCCUCAUUAGGGCAGGAAGCGUGUGUGAUUAUGGAUGUGUUUUCCUGUAUUGCUUUCAGUGAAGAACUCUACAGUUUCCUAGGAUUUCCUGCCGCUAUUGGGAUGUUUGUACAGUGAAAAAUCUUUCUGCAGACAGGUGAGGCGCUUUCUGAAAUGCAGGAAUUCAGCCUCCCAAGAUCCUUCUUUAUGGAAGUCCUCUAAUGAUUAUGUGAAGAACGACAGGCUCUAGAAAAACUGUCCACCUUGGAGAGUGGGGUGUUUGGAGUUUUUGGGGUGUUUUGGUUUUUGUUUUGGUUUUGGGUCAUGUCGCCUCUUCUUCCCCCCCUCCCCCCCACC